AUCCAUUGUCCGGACGCCGUUAGCGUCGCUCGUCUCCACUAUCUCGUCGAACUCAGCCACGUUUAAAGCCACUGGCUUUUCCAUCAGGAGAGAUGCUUUUUCUUCUGUGCCACGCGCAUUGCCCAGCUCCGGUGGAGGCUAGUGGGGAGCGGCAGGUACACGGCGUCGAUCUCAGGGUCGUCCAGCAAAGGCUUCGUGGGAGCCAUAGAUCUUGGUUUCGGGUGGGAAUCCGUUGGCCCGCGAGAAUUCAACUGCCUUCUCCAAGGAACGGCUGGCGACAGCAGACAGCUUGGCGUUUGAGCCAAUAGAAUGGCUCGAGAUACUUUCUGGACAGCCUAAGAUGCCGAUUUUGAUUGAAGUUACUUUAGCCAUUUUUCCGAUGAUAAGGUCUGUGUAGUGGCUUUUCUUCUUUUUUUUUUUCUUUUUUUUUUUAACAAGGCAAAAUUUUUAAUGAAAAGAGAAAUAUUAU